AUGAAGCUCCUCUCUGUGGCUGCUGUUGCCUUGCUGGCGACACAAGCAGCCGGUGCUUCCAUCAAGCAUCGUCUCAAUGGCUUGACGAUCCUGGAACAUCCGGAUCCGGCGAAACGAGACCUGUUGCAGGACAUUGUUACAUGGGAUGACAAAUCUCUGUUCAUCAAUGGAGAAAGGAUUAUGUUAUUCAGCGGAGAAGUGCAUCCAUUCAGAUUGCCAGUACCUUCGCUGUGGCUCGAUAUUUUCCAGAAGAUCAGGGCUCUUGGUUUCAAUUGUGUAUCUUUCUAUAUUGACUGGGCCCUCCUGGAGGGAAAGCCUGGCGACUACAGAGCAGAGGGCAUCUUUGCUCUGGAGCCCUUCUUUGAUGCAGCCAAGGAAGCCGGCAUUUAUCUGAUCGCCCGCCCCGGUCCGUAUAUCAAUGCGGAGUCCUCAGGCGGUGGUUUUCCUGGAUGGUUGCAGAGGGUCAAUGGCACUCUUCGCUCGUCUGACAAGCCAUUCCUUGAAGCCACGGAUAACUAUAUCGCCAAUGUCGCUGCUACCGUGGCAAAGGCUCAAAUCACGAAUGGAGGGCCGGUGAUUCUCUACCAGCCCGAAAACGAAUACAGCGGUGGCUGCUGCGGUGUCACUUACCCCGAUGGAGACUACAUGCAAUAUGUCAUCGAUCAGGCUCUGAACGCUGGCAUUGUUGUGCCCCUCAUCAGCAACGAUGCCUCGCCUUCUGGGCACAAUGCUCCUGGGACUGGAGCGGGCGCUGUUGAUAUUUAUGGCCACGAUAGCUAUCCGCUCGGCUUUGAUUGUGCAAACCCAUCUGUCUGGCCCGAGGGUAAACUGCCCGACAAUUUCCGCCAGCUCCAUCUCGAACAGAGCCCAUCAACUCCGUACUCACUUCUUGAGUUCCAAGCGGGUGCUUUCGACCCAUGGGGUGGACCCGGUUUUGAAAAUUGCUAUGCUCUCGUUAACCACGAAUUCUCGAGAGUGUUUUACAGGAAUGAUUUGAGUUUCGGGGUUUCUACCUUUAACUUAUACAUGACGUUCGGUGGAACUAACUGGGGUAACCUCGGACACCCCGGAGGAUACACAUCCUACGACUACGGCUCACCCAUAACUGAAACGCGAAAUGUGACACGGGAGAAGUACAGCGACAUAAAGCUCCUCAGCAACUUUGUCAAAGUAUCCCCAGCCUAUCUCACCGCUACUCCCGGAAACCUGAGUACCGGUGUCUACACGGACACCUCCGACCUGGCUGUCACCCCUUUGAUUGGUGAUCGUCCAGGCUCGUUCUUCGUGGUCAGACAUACGGACUAUUCCAGCCAAGAGUCAACCUCGUACAAGCUUAGGCUGCCUACCAGUGCUGGUAACCUGACUAUUCCCCAGUUGGAGGGUACGUUAAGUCUGAACGGACGUGACUCUAAGAUUCAUGUUGUUGAUUAUAAUGUGUCUGGAACGAACAUUAUCUAUUCGACAGCUGAAGUCUUCACCUGGAAGAAGUUUGACGAUAACAAGGUCCUGGUCUUAUACGGCGGACCGAAGGAACACCAUGAACUGGCCAUUGCCUCCAAGUCUAAUGCGACUGUUAUUGAGGGUUCGGACUCUGGAAUCGUCUCAAAGAGGAAGGGCAGCACUGUUAUCAUUAGCUGGGAUGUCUCCUCUACUCGUCGCAUUGUUCAAGUCGGUGACUUGAGAGUGGUCCUGCUUGAUAGGAACUCUGCUUACAACUACUGGGUCCCCGAGCUUCCAACGGAAGGUACUUCUCCCGGUUUCAACACUGCGGAGACGACUGCCUCGUCCAUUAUUGUGAAGGCCGGUUAUCUUCUGCGAGGCGCUAACCUGGAUGGCGCCGACCUCCAUCUUACUGCUGAUUUCAAUGCCACCACCCCGAUUGAAGUGAUCGGUGCCCCGGCAAGCGCUAAGAACCUGUUUGUGAAUGGCGAAAAGGCUAGCCACACAGUCGACAAGAACGGUAUCUGGAGCAGUGAGGUCAAAUACGCGGCUCCGGAGAUCACGCUUCCCAGUUUGAAGGAUCUGGACUGGAAAUACCUGGACACACUUCCCGAGAUCAAGUCUUCCUAUGACGACUCUGCUUGGGUUUCUGCGGAUCUUCCAACAACCAAGAACACCCACCGUUCUCUUGACACACCAACAUCGCUAUACUCUUCUGACUAUGGCUUCCACACUGGCUACCUGAUCUACCGGGGCCACUUCGUUGCCAACGGCAAAGAAAGCGAAUUUGCCAUCCGCACACAGGGCGGUAGCGCAUUUGGCAGCUCCGUAUGGCUGAAUGAAGUGUAUCUGGGCUCUUGGGCUGGUGCCGAUUAUGCUAUGGACGGUAACUCUACCUUCAAGCUGUCUCAGCUGGAGUCGGGCAAGAACUACGUUAUCACCGUGGUUAUUGACAACCUGGGCCUCGACGAGAACUGGACCGUCGGCGAGGAAACCAUGAAGAACCCUCGUGGUAUUCUUAGCUACAACCUGAGCGGGCAAGAUGCCAGCGCAAUCACCUGGAAGCUCACUGGUAACCUCGGAGGAGAAGAUUACCAGGAUAAAGUUAGAGGACCUCUCAACGAAGGUGGACUGUACGCAGAGCGUCAGGGCUUCCAUCAGCCUCAGCCGCCAAGCGACUCCUGGGAGUCGGGCAGUCCCCUUGAAGGUCUGUCGAAGCCAGGGAUCGGAUUCUACACUGCCCAACUCGACCUCGAUAUCCCGAAGCUGGGAUGUGCCGCUGUACUUCAACUUUGGCAACAACACCCAGGCGGUCCGGGCACAGCUACUAGCUUCCCUGUUCCCGAAGGUAUCCUGAACUACCGCGGAACCAACUAUUUGGCACUGAGUCUGUGGGCCUUGGAGUCGGAUGGUGCUAAGCUGGGUAGCUUCGAAUUGUCCUACACCACCCCUGUGCUGACUGGAUACGGGGAUGUUGAGUCACCCGAGCAGCCCAAGUAUGAGCAGCGGAAGGGAGCAUACUAA